AGAAACAAUAUUGUAACAGUGUCAUUUUUAUAAUAGUGUCAUCAUUAUAAUUAGUUUAGUUAGAUAAACUGUUCAUAAGUUAAUUUAGUUUAAACCUGGAGUGAGUGUUGAGGAGUUGUGAUUGUGAGAAAAAUUGGAAAAUGAUUAAAUUUUCGGUGUCAGAAGCCAUGAAGAUCGGAUUCAUCGGAGGCGGCCGCCUGGCCUUCGCUCUGGCCAACGGGUUCAUUUCUGCAGGUCUAGCAAAACCUGAAGAAAUCACGGCUAGCGUUCACCCUGCUGACACCGCCAGUGCUGAAGCGUUCAAGGGGCUAGGUGCCACAGCAACCUUCGAGAACAAACCAGUGGUGGAGCGUUCAGAAGUGGUGAUCGUAUCAGUGAAGCCAGAGGUGGUCGGGCCGGCGCUACGCGAUGUUCGUGAUCUACCGGCUUCUAAGGGAAAGCUGUUCAUUUCAGUCGCCAUGGGAGUUUCUACGGCUACCAUUGAGAAGAACCUACCAGCAGAAGCUCGCGUCAUCCGCGUCAUGCCCAACACACCCGCUCUCGUCAAGGAGGGCGCUGCCGCGCUCAGCCGCGGAGCCAAGGCCACACCCGAAGACGCCAAGCUGGCUGCUCAGCUGUUCAGAGCUGUCGGGAGCUGCGACGAGGUCCCGGAGUACCAGAUGGAUGCUGUCACAGCGUUGAGCGGCAGUGGGCCUGCUUAUGUCUACAUGCUCAUAGAGUCCCUAGCCGACGGUGGAGUGCGCUGUGGCUUACCCCGUGACCUGGCCCUCCGUCUAGCCGCCCAGACUACCCUGGGCUCAGCUGCUAUGGUCCGCAAUGGUGGACACCCUGCGCAGUUGAAGGAUAAUGUGACUAGCCCUGCUGGGUCAACUGCUGAUGGCACUUAUCACUUGGAACAAAAUGGCUUCCGAUCAGCAGUCAUCGGUGCAGUGAAAGCAGCCGCCGAUAGAUGUAAAGUAGUCAACCAGCAACUAAACAACUAGGAAAUUGCUUGUAAAGAUGCGCCAAAAUGAGCCGUACAUUCAGCCAAAUGUAAAAUAAAUUCUGUCCUUGGGCUUGUUAAAUACAAUAUUAUUAAUACUUGUUAAUUGUAUAGAGUCGCGUAGGAGUAAAACGAUCUGAUUUUUGUGACGAGUAUACAGAAAUAUAUUUUUGUUAAACAAA